CGCUACGCCAUCAUCGGGACGGGGUCUUUUUCGCGCUCUGGCUCUUUGUUAGCUAUCCUGUGGCCUGUCCCAAACGCUCAUCUCUGCCCCUCGCUGCCCCUGCGUGUCGCGCUUCUUGCAUAUCUCCCGCCAAGGCCUCCGCACCGAGCGAAACGACGCGCGCCUCCAGCUUUAUGCACCCCAGCCACACCCAGCCAUGCAGCCUAAGCCGCUCACGGAACUCACCCCGCUGCAACAGCGCCUGCACGCGAUUAUAUGGCAGUGCCUCGAUCUCGACCUCAUCAAGUCCGCCGUGUUCUACGCGGAGCGCUACAUCUCGCUCGAGGCCGAGAACCACGACGCACGACACCUUUAUACCACCGUCCUCCUGCGCGCCGGCCAGCCGUAUUCUGCGCUUUGCGUCGUGAAUUCCCCGAAAGAGCGCGCGUGCCCGGGGUGCGCGGAGCUGAAAGCGAAGUGCUAUAGCGAGUUGGGACAGCACAGGCAAGCGCGCGAGGCGCUGGAGGAUGCGAUCGCGGAUCCGGAGUAUGUACGGACAGCGUCCUCGGUGUCGCGUCUCGUACCCCACACGUUCCCCGACGAAGCCACGCUCAGAUGUCGCGCCGGCACGUCCGCGCUGAAGGGCAACCAACACGAUCGAGCCGCCAUGUAUUUCCGCGAAUCCCUGCAACUGAACCCCAUGAUAUGGGAAGCCUUUGAGGGCCUUUGCGCGCUCGGCAAAGUCCCCGAACUGGACGUGAUAUUCCCUCACAGGCCGCUACCGGUGAAACGCUCACAGCCGGAGGAGAUCCCAGCCGCCCAAACCAUGCCGAUAGCCACUGGAGUUGGCUUCUUCACUCCCGACAACAAUACCAAGCCAAAUGGCUUCGCAAAUUGGAGAGCUGGCUUCGGCCAGCCUCACCCAUUUCGAAUGGGCCCACCUGCGGGCCCGCGAGAUUCCAUAGCCACCAACGACUCCUCCUUCUACCCCGAAAACUCAUUCGCCCAAAUCAACCGACCCAUCCGCCCUCUCCCCUCAUCACAACUACAGCCCCCAUCCAACAACCCCGCCCCUGGCGUUCCAGGAAUCGCACGACCUCUGUCCUCCGCAGACGAGACCGGCCCCGUCCAGAAGAAGCUGCGCCACACCGGGCGCGCCGACCUGAAGAAGGCCGGAAAGUCGAACGAGGAGCCGCCCGCACCGAAAAAGGCACGCUCACGCGCUGGCUCCGUGAUCGCUGACGUCCUCUUACCGGGACGCAAACCGCAGGCGUCGACCUCCCGGGUCACGAAGGUCACCUCGCAGGCGUCGCAGAUCCCGCCACCCGCGCCCACGCGGCGGAGUACGAGGCUGCUGAGUGGGGCGAAUAAGCCGCCGUCGAAGACUGCAGCGACACGGACGAGACGACAGCCGACGACGCAGCACGCACGGACGCAGUCAACCGACACGGAGCAAGAGACAGACCAUGCUGUGCCACCCGCUCAGUCACCGUCCUCGCCACGUUCAGCGGCCUCGCCAGGGCCUGAAGCUUGGACACAAGCGCAGGAGCGAGCCGCGCAAGAGGCUUACGAGCAAGAAUGCGCAGACUUCGAGUUGUACAACCUCAUGAGGAUGUUCGCGCGAGCUGCGCGCGCACUUGCGAAGUAUGACUGCGUGGCCGCGGUCGCUGCGCUGGACGAGAUACCCACUGCGCACCAAAACUCACCGUGGGUGCUUUCCAUGGCGGGCAAGGCGCAUUACGAGCGACAGAAUUACGCUGCAGCAGAACGCGCGUUCGGGGCAGUACGUACGCUGGAGCCCUACCGGUUGUGGGACAUGGAGAUAUACUCGUCGCUGCUCUGGAACGUCCGGAAAGCGGAGGAGCUGUCGUACCUAGCGCAGGAGCUCCUCAACAUCAACCCGCAUGCACCUCAAGGCUGGUUAGCCGCUGGGAAUCUCUUCUCGCUGCAACGGGACCGGGCAAAAGCCCUGGCGUGCUUUCGACGGGCGUUCCAACUUGACCCCAGUUGCGCUUACGCGUACACGCUCAGUGGGCAGGAGUUGCUGGAUGAGGAUGCUGACCGAGCUAUCAACUUCUUCCAAUCCGCUCUUCGCGUCGACGCACGACACUACAACGCUUGGUAUGGCCUCGGGACGUGCUAUAUGCGCAUGAGCAAGAUACGGAUGGCAGAAUUUCAUUUUCGGAAGGCGGUCGAGAUCAACCCGAAGAACGCUGUUUUGCUAGGCUGCCUGGGAAUGGCGGUAGAGCGACGGAACGAUCGCCCCGGGGGCCUCAAGCUGUUCAAUGAGGCCGUGGAGCUGCAGCCUGAUAAUGCGCUCGUGCGCUAUCGGCGGGCGAAGAUAUACAUUGCAAUGCGGCGGUACGAGGAUGCGAUCAGCGACCUGGAGUUCCUCCGCAACACGUCGCCGGAGGAGGCGAAUGUGGUGUUCCAGCUCGCGAAGGCUUAUCGGCUGGCGGGGCAGGAGGUGAAGGCGCUGCAUAUGGUCGCCGUCGCGCGGGAUAUCGCGCCGAAGAGCGUCAACCGGAUUCGGAAGCUGCUGGAGCUCAACAAGGACGAGGAUGAGGACAACCGGAUGGACGAGGGCUGAGGGGGGCGCACGACCGGCCAAGGACGAGUGACAGUGACUGACCCGCGACUGGUCUCGGGGGCUUUUCCCACAUCUUCUUACUAGUGUAUACUGUGGGUGGUGGUGCAAUAAGCAGCGCCGGCACCAUCUCUGCUGCAUAAUGAGUCAAUGGGGCGUGGAAGGAAGCAAAGCGAGGAAGGAAGGGGCCGAAUACUGGCCGCGAAGCAGGCCGUAAGU